AUGGGUAUAUUAUUAGCAAAGUUUUCACCAGAAUAUAUUAUAAGAAUUAUUGGUUUAGAUAAUUCUGGAAAAACAACGAUAUUAUAUAGACUUAAAGGUGAUCAAAGUUCAAUUUCAACGGUUUCAACCAAUGGAUUUAAUUUAGAGACAAUUCAAUGUAUGAAUAAAAAUUUAGUUAUUUGGGAUAUAGGUGGACAUAGAAAUGUACGUAACCUCUACAGACACUACUAUCCACAGAGUCAUGCAUUGAUAUUCGUUGUUGAUGCUUCGGAUCAUCAGAGAAUCGAUGAAAUGAAGGAUGAAUUUGCAGAGGUAUUAAAGUGUUCUGAAGGUGUACCAACCGUUUUAAUACUAAACAAACAAGAUAAAGAGAAUGCAAUGACAGAAUCUUUCAUUAAAGAGCAAUUGAAACUCGACGAUAUCAAAGAUAGAAAGUGGUUUGUUCAACUUACCUCUGCAUUGAAUUCUGAGAGUAACAGUAGUCUUUUACAAUGGUUAUCCAAUAAUAUUUAA